CUCCCACUCUGUAGGAACAGGUGCGCGGGUGAUAGAACAACCCACGAAAUGGACGGCCUACGAGUACUCUCAGAAUCCGUAUUCGCCAAGCAAGCAUUCAGCAGUCCGUCGCCGAGGCGGGAGCUUCACGUAUUUGAGAUACCCCAUUCCGGCCCGGCGAGGAGGGGGACGGUCCUUGAGCCUGAGUUGGGCAUCUGGGCGAAUCCGAAUCACGGCACUGCAGCUACAAGAACGCCAGAGUCGCCUGCGGUAGCGUGCUUACGGCUGGUGUGUGUACACCGCGAACUAGACGUCACGCUCGGCGUCUCCGAGCUUGCAUUCCGAAAAUUGAUGGAGUCGAUGAGAGUCGACAAAGGGGCAUUGUCCAUGAUCAGUCGAGACUACGACGGAUUCCACAUGUUCGGUCAAGGAAGCAGCAACAAGGGUCAUGGUGUCAUGGAUGCAAGCAGCGCCUUGCCCACCUGGUUCGUCGGCACGUCGCUCUACGCAAUCCUAUGGACCUUCAACCCGGAGACAUCACACAGUCUCGGCGUCUUCUUCAACCGGUCGCGCAACACCUUUGCAUCCUUCACCGACACCCUCGAGACGUUCGCCGCCUACAUCCACAGUCCCCAUCUGCUCUGUUUUAACGUCUGUGUGCAUCAGCUUCACACUUACGACGACGAUAGCAACAGAUUCAGCCUCAAAACAAUCCGGGACAUUGAGAAGCAGACCGGAUACUACCCAAACGCUGCAGCCCUCGAUGACCCGGACCUGGAGCCGCGCCGCUGGGCGACGACCGAGUUCGAAAUUGGCCAGCUAUCGGACUGGGCAAGGCGGGUGGGGAUCGUCACUAGGGAUGCGGCAAGCAAAACACGCCAUCAGGCCACCUACCGGGCCAUCGUGACCGAGGUCAGAAAGGCGGGUGCGAUUGCAAGGAAGGCAGCCUCCAGACGACCGGCGAAAGGACUCGCAUGGCCGGACUCGAGGCAGAUGAUGCGCGAAGAGAGUGCGUUAGCCUUGAGUGAGGCCGUGCCAGUCAUUGAGAAACAAUUGGCGACGUACGCCGAGUACCUCGACUUCCUGAGGUACCGCGCCGAACGGCUGUCCGACGUGGUGAGCUUUCCUCUACUCUAGCUUGAAUACUCAGCGGCAUUCCUUCCCUCAGCUUGUUGUCGUUCCUUCACUUUCAAGACAUCUUCAAUCUUCAAUGAGGCGACUGGACCCUGGGCUUGCU